CGCUUGCGCUCUGGUUGUUAGUUAAUCCAAGCGAAGUCCGUCGUUGCUUCAAUAGCUUCAGUAGUUUCGAAAAAAUGGAGCCAAUGACCGCAAUCGGUUAAGUGAUGAAACCGAUCACAAGGAAUCCCUAGGGUUCGUAUGAGAGAAGUCAGAAAGGUCUCCGCAUGUCAUGCCUAGUACUCUUCCUCCUGACGAAGCUUCGGCCAGCAAGUCUGCUUAGUGUCGCAGCAGUCUUAGCAUAUGGCAGGCGUGUCCAAUCGCUGAAACGGGUUUGAUGCCACCUAUUCAGACGUCAUCACACUCGCUAAACUGCUGCUGGUCCCAUUCGCUUUCGAUCACCCCGUGCAUGUGACGUCUAAUCAUCGCCGGAGAUCAUUCCUGACAACGUGAGACAACGUCACUCAGCCUUUUAACCCCACGCGUCCCCGCUUUAAUUGAUGCAGUGCUAUUCGUCAGCGCUCGGCUUCGUGUUAGGUUCUUUGUUCGCAGCCAUUUGGGAGGCGUAUGGAAUCUGAUCGAUGGUUAUGACGUUACUCGUUCCCAAAAGAAGCACACCAUAGCUCCAUAGGCAAAAAAGCCGCUACUCCUUGGCUCCUUAGUUACGCGAGAUCUGCUUGCAGCACACGUUUUUUUUCUCCGCAGAGAAACAUCGGUUUCUAUUUCUUCGUGGUUUUCGUAUGCUUGCGGUGCCUUUCUCACCGGGAACUCGACUAACGAUCCAAUCGUUUUUUCUGAGUAAUCAGCUGGUCUAGCACGGUUGAACGGGACCCGCGUUUUCUUUUGGUUGAUCACUCGCUAUCUCGGCUCGUUACACUGCGUUAGGUACUGGCGUCAAAUAUCGCCUUUUCUCGGAGCGGUCGCUAGGCUAAGGCACUUGCGAAUUUAGCUAAAGUUGACUACUUCUCUUCAAAUACCGCCUGCGUCCAUGCAGGGCCGAAUUGCUGAAGCUUGUACGAAGUGAGUAUCUGAUCCCCAAGGCCUCACCGGCGUUUGCAUCUUUUCUCAGUGCCGACAGAGUACACGCUCAUUUAAGUAAGCGUGCUAACGAAUAGCCCGUUUUUCGUUCAAAUUCUGAUUGAACUUGCUGUAGCAGCUGCAGGCUACUACUGCUUUGACCACUGUUGCUGCUGACUGUCUUCAGCGUCUGUCUACAUUUUCAUGCGUCAUCAUUCUGCUUCGUUUGUAUCUCUUGGUCCGUCUUUAUCUCAUUCUUUUCAGCGUAUUUCUUGCUGCUCCUCCUUCUCUGGAUAUUGCCAAGCAACAAAGCCUUCUUUGUUCGUGACAUCGUUUCCCCACUCUUUCAUCGGACUGGCAACCGAAUCCCUUCGACUAUAGUCAGUCCUUUCUUUGUUUGAUCCUUUUAGUCCCUUGCGUUGCUUUAGGAAAAUUGCAGCCACGUAUUCUCGUUUGUUUGUGCCUUGUGUGAAAUACAUAGACAAAAGUGACAGUAUUUUCCUCGCACACAAAGGGCCUUGUGUGCUGCCAAAUUUGCUAUUGUUUUUUUUUGUUCCUUUAAUACAAAGCGGAUACGUAUAUAACUUGACGAGCUGUGCGUUUGCACUCGCCUUUUUCCCUUAAUUACCUGUCUAUUUUUUGUUCGGGUUCCCACGUACACGAGCGUACAGAAGCAUUCCCUUCCUUUCUCGCCUCGCUUGCGUAUAUUCGCUACUCAAUUUCUCUGUAAACGUACCUCCACACGUUUGCACCCUCUUCCUCUGUUGGUUUCUACUUUUUCAUUGCCCCGGUCUUCUUUUUGUGUGUUUAUUUUUCAAGCGGUCGCUUUCUGUUCAAUAACCAAAAAUGAUGAAGAUACGGCGUUCCUGGAAGGGGAACAAUCGCCUCGUGGAAAAAGAUCCUUUGGCCAUUGAGCCUCCUAAAAAGGUUAUCCGCGCCCUUUACGACUACCGGGCACGAGGUUCAGAAGAACUUUCCUUUUCAAAAGGUGAUUUCUUUCAUGUCAUUGGACGUGAAGAAGAUCAAGCCUGGUAUGAAGUGUGCAAUCCCGCAGUUGGUGCUCGUGGAUAUGUUCCCGUCAAGUAUUUUGAAGAACUCGGGAAGACAGUCAACAACAGAGACAGUGAUACCGUCUCUGCCAUCGACUUUCCGGCAACAAGUCCUACUUCCAAUGAAGCCACCUCUCCUUCAGGACAUCGUCUUCAGCCAUUGUUCGGAGUUGUAUUGUACGACUUUUCAGCUGAAAGACCCGACGAGCUUACAGCGAAGGCUGGUGAAGCCAUAAUUGUUAUUGCUCGUUCUAACCAUGAAUGGCUCGUCGCCAAACCCAUUGGUCGUCUUGGCGGCCCAGGCUUGAUUCCGAUUUCGUAUGUGGAAUUGCGCGACAUGAAAACUGGUGCUGUUCUUACAGACCAGGAAGGCAACGAGGCUAGUGUUGCCUCCCUUGUACCUCUAGUUGAUGAGUGGAAACAAGCAGCCUCUAGCUACAAAAAGAGUAGUAUUCCGUUGGGUCGUUUUGAAGAUGAUGACAGUGUGUCCUCAGCACCCGAAACGCCAACGAACAUGACGAAUUCCUCUGGUCACACAUCGAGCGCCAGUAAUGCUUUGCGUGAAAGUACCGAACUUGCAUGCAAUGACCGUUUGAGUACUGCCAGUAGUUGUGAUCGGUCGUCCCGUCUUACUCGGGAUUCGCGUAUAUCCCUUUCGAACGAACCUACAGUGUCAGGUGCCACUGUCGAAUCGUUUGUUCAUGCCAAGACUCAAUACUGGUAUCUGCUGCGUGCGGUAAUGGACAAUGGACAGCACCGCAACCUUUGUCGGUAUUAUGAAGACUUCUACAAUCUGCAGCUCGCUUUGCUGGAGGCUUUCCCCGAUGAAGCCGGACGCAGCGGUUCCAAGCGGGUUAUUCCAUACAUGCCUGGUCCUGUCGACGAGGUGGACGAUGUUGUUUCUGAACAACGUGCACUCGAUUUGGACGUUUAUGUGAAAGAGUUGUGUCGGUUGCCUGCUAAUAUAUUAUCGAGUUGGUUUGUUCGCCGGUUCUUCUUCCUCGAGCCCGGUGAUGUCGGCGCUGAUUAUGCAACAAGCGUCGUUCCCAAGGUAGUCGCUAGACCCUUUAUUACAUAUAACAACCAGUCACCUCCGUCACCUACUCGAUUGAACACAGCUACAGGAUCGCGUUCUAGUGCCAACGGGUCUAUAAAGGUUAAGGUUCGUGCUGGCGAAGACUUGUUCGCAUUUCGUUUGUCGAGUGGAUGCUCGUAUGACGACUUCUGUGAUCGUCUUCGUAGGAAAUUGGAUCGCGAUUGGACUACACUCCAUUACCAGAAAGAUAAAAAUGAGCUGAUGCCUUUGCAGAACGAUCUUCAAUUCCAGCUUGCGUGCACGUUAAUAAAUCCUUUGCUUGUGAUUGUUGACGGCUUCAUUUCGGAAUAAGCGGUUUGCUUGUUUCAUGAAAUUCCCUCAAUCUGUUUUAUUCUAAAAGACUUGCCCAGAAUAGGUUAAACGGCUUUGUCUUGAAUAUGCGCAUUGAAUAUUCCCCUCCCUCUACUAUUUAUUGCUACUGGGUGUUCUCCAUAUAAAGUGUUGGUUGACACAACCAACGUCUUCGAUUCAAGUUCUGGUUCCUUGAUGGUCCAUCAGCGUAUACCACCGACACGGUAGGCGUGUGUAUCUUCGUCAAUGAAGGAAGGGGCUGGAUUUGCUUUUGCUCUCUUUUGUCCAAAAAGUUGGAUAAACCACACAAUCACUCAAAGAUGUUCUCACGUCGCACUGCUCUACCAGCGGAUCGUUAAACCCGGGGGAAUGAGUGAGCGUGUGAUUGACGAUGAUCAUGAUGACGAUUCACGCUAAACUGCUCCUAUCGUUUUCCCUCCUUCCAUCUAUCUUUGUUCUCUUCUUUUUUGGCGUUUUAUAUAAACCUCUUUUUCCGUCCAUUGUAUUACGACCAACCUAUGUGUGAUUGAAAGACGUGACAAUUCCCUGCGACAACGUAUUAUUCCCUCCAACUUAGUUCUUUUUCACUUUAGUUUUUUCGGUUCAUUAAUUUUAAAACAUUACAAUCAUAAACAUUAUUCAUUAACGUAAUUUAGAGUAAAAC